AGUGGUGACAGACAAUAGUGUGUUGAAAAAACCGGUCGAAUCUGGUGGGACUCGUUUAGUGUGUUAUAAUAACGAGUAUUGUACACAUAACACUGUGCCGACCACUCGUCGAAAUAAAUAAUUGUACAACAAUAUUGUAUUAUACUAUAAUAGUAUCUGUAAUACACAAUCGUCCUCAGUCGUCAAAACGAGCGGGACGUCGAGUAAUAUAUUCAGUUGGACGCUUACUAUACAGCUGUACAUUUUUGGCAACGACGUGCGACGGUAACCAGGGAACGUGAGUAUACAGGUGGAAAGGCGUCUGUCAGGAUGAUCGUCGCCACAGUGGUACAAUGGAUUUGCUGUUUGAUCAUCAUGGUAGUACAAGGGAUCGACGGGCUCGAUAACGGGCUCGCUCUUACGCCACCGAUGGGAUGGCUCGCGUGGCAGCGAUACAGGUGCAUCACGGAUUGUGAAACGUACCCCGACGAUUGUGUCAACGAACAAUUGUUCAUGAAAGCAGCAGAUUUAUUGGUUAGCGAAGGCUACUCUGAAUUGGGUUAUAAUUAUGUCAUCGUGGAUGACUGUUGGUUGGCCAAGAACAGAUCGGCAGAUGGAAAAUUACAAGCCGACAAAAUAAGGUUCCCAAGCGGUAUUAAAGCGUUAUCGGACUAUGUACAUUCUAAAGGCCUUAAGUUUGGAUUAUAUGAAGACUGGGGUACUAAAACAUGUGCAGGCUAUCCUGGAGUAUUGGGACACGAAGAGCUGGAUGCUAAAACAUUUGCAGAAUGGGAUGUUGACUAUGUCAAACUAGAUGGAUGUUAUUCAAAUGUUAGACACAUGGACAAAGGCUACCCUGAAUUCGGGAGGUAUUUAAAUAGCACCGGAAGACCAAUGGUGUACUCUUGUAGCUGGCCAGCUUAUCAAGAAGAAAAGGGAAUGUUGAUUGACUACGCAUCAAUGGCUAAACACUGCAAUCUUUGGCGUAACUACGAUGAUAUUGAUGACUCAUGGGAAAGUAUGAUCAAAAUAGCGGACUAUUUUGCUCAAAAACAAGAAUUUUGGGCAAAAUACGCUGGACCUGGACACUGGAAUGAUCCAGACAUGCUUUUGAUUGGUAACUUUGGAUUAACAUACGAUCAAAGUAAAACACAAAUGGCCAUCUGGGCAAUAUUGGCUGCUCCAUUGCUGAUGUCAAACAAAUUAACAGAAGUACACCCACACUUUAAAGCCAUUUUACAAAACAAAAAAGUUAUUGAAGUCAAUCAAGACAAACUUGGCAUCCAAGGCACUAGAGUAUUUAGGGACAAGGGUAUUGAUAUUUGGACUCGACCAGUUGAACCUUUCAACGAUGGAUACCAUUCAUAUGCAGUAGCAUUUGUAAGCCGCCGUGUCGACGGAGCUCCUUAUCCGUACAAUAUAACAUUAGAAGACUUAGGUCUAAAAAACCCUAAUGGCUAUUCAAUUAUUAACCUUUAUGGAGAAGAAAAAAGUACAACCUCUUGUAUUUUUAAUUCAAAAAAUCCAGUUAAAGUUCGAGUUAUUCCUUCAGGUGUGGUUUUCUUACGAAUUAACAUAGAAAAUUCUAACAAACCAUGUACAGAUCACAGCAAAAAUCAGUUCUUCGUGUAAUAAAUAAGAAUAUUCCAAGGAAACAAAAAUAAAAAAUAAGUUUUAGAUUGUAAGGUUUAUAUUUUUAUAAUAUUAUUUGCGUAAUAACUUAUUGCAUUAACAAAAAAUAUGCCAUAGAUUUUGCUCAAUAAUAUGUUAUGUCAAUAAAAAAAAUUACAAAUCUCUAAGAUACAUUAUAAGUAUAGGUUUUAUUAUUUAUAUUGAUUGUAACAAUUAAAGAUCUUACUUGUUUUAUAUUUCUGGAACACUGGAAUUCUCCAACAAGUAAAUCACCUAUAAAUGUAAAUUACAAUGUGCAUUAAAAGUAGGUUCAUUGUUUUGAAUCAUUCAAUAUCAACCAUAUUAUAUUGUAAAUAUUGUAAUUAUGACCAUCAUUGAAAGUCAAAUAAUUACAAUUUUUUUUAUACAAAAUUAGAAAUGUUAAUUUUUAUCGAAAAAAUUUACCUUAGUAAUUAAUAAUUUUAUAGUUCUAUUAUUUGUAUGUUAUAGUUAAUAAAUAUUUUUUAAACCUA